CUUAACCAAAAAAAAAAGGUCAAAUGUCAAUACAAAAAUUUCAUCUGUGUGCCGCUGUGCGUGUAUGUCGGUGCGAAUAUUUCAAUUCAAUUUUAAUUAGUUUCGGUGUAGAUUCAUGAGUUAAAUAAUUAAAAACUUAACAAUAUGAAAUCAGCAUUGAUGGUGGCUGAAAAGCCAUCUUUGGCUCAAAAUCUGGCUAAUAUACUCAGUAAUGGCAAAUGCAGUACGAAUAAAGCUUCCAACAACGCCUGUGCGGUGCACGAGUGGAAUGGCACUUUCAAGAAUGAGCCCGUAAGAUUCAAAAUGACUUCUGUGUGUGGGCAUGUAAUGAGUUUGGAUUUUACCGGUAAAUACAACAACUGGGACAAAGUGGAUCCAGUUGAGCUGUUCUGUUGCCCCACAGAAAAGAAAGAAGCCAUGCCACGUCUGAGAAUUCCCGCUUUUUUGGCUCAGGAGUCAAGAGGGUGUGAUUACCUCAUAUUGUGGCUGGAUUGUGACAAAGAAGGGGAGAAUAUUUGUUUUGAGGUUAUGAGUUGUGUACAACCAUAUAUGAAGGGAGAUGUUCUCUCUCCUUUGGUAACAUAUCGUGCGCAUUUCUCUGCUAUAACCGAUAAAGACAUUAAAGCAGCCAUGCUGAACUUAGGGAGGCCAAAUGAAAACCAGUCUCGUAGUGUAGAUGCUCGUCAGGAAUUGGAUUUGCGCAUUGGCUGUGCAUUCACAAGAUUUCAGACUAAGUAUUUUCAAGGACGAUAUGGUAAUCUGGACGCAUCGCUAAUUUCAUAUGGACCAUGCCAGACUCCCACACUAGGUUUCUGUGUCCAGCGACAUGAUGAGAUUCAGACAUUCAAACCGGAGACAUAUUGGGUUCUCCGUGUCACUGCAUCAACCAGUGAAGGAAGGGAAUUGCCUCUAGAGUGGAAGAGAGUGAGGUCGUUUGAGAAAGACAUUGCCAACAUGUUUCUGGCAGGCAUCAAAGAAAUUAAGGAAGCUACAGUUGUGAAUGUCCAAGCCAAAGAGAAGAUAAAACCGCGCCCCACAGCUCUGAACACUGUGGAAUUAAUGAGAGUGGCCAGCGCUGGAUUAGGCAUGGGACCGCAUCAUGCUAUGCAGAUAGCAGAACGACUAUACACGCAAGGUUACAUUUCGUAUCCACGCACAGAAACCACCAGUUACCCGGAGAAUUUCGAUUUGAUGGGUACGUUAAGGCAACAACAGAACUCUUCCAAGUGGGGCACAGAAGUGCGAGCUUUAAUAGCCAACGGUAUUAACAAACCCAAGAAGGGCCACGACGCGGGGGACCAUCCGCCCAUUACGCCAAUGAGGCCAGCUUCGGAAAGUGAAUUGGAAGGAGAAAUGUGGCGUAUAUACGAUUACAUAACUCGCCACUUCAUAGCGACAUUGUCUAGGGAUUGCAAGUACCUUUCAACCACAACUACCUUCCAGAUAGGUACUGAAACCUUCUACUAUACUGGCAACACUCUCGUCGACGCUGGGUAUACGGAGAUCAUGCAUUGGCAGGCGUUCGGCAAAGACGAGUUUGUUCCAGUGUUACACGUUGAUGAAUUGUUGCGCGCGCACGACCAUAGACUUGUAGAGUGUCAGACAUCGCCGCCCGAGUACCUCACCGAGUCUGAGGUGAUAACAUUAAUGGAGAAGCAUGGCAUCGGUACUGACGCUUCGAUUCCAGUCCACAUCAACAAUAUCUGCCAGCGGAACUACGUCACUGUGGCCAAUGCCAGACGAUUGGUGCCUACCAAUCUGGGGAUCGUGCUAGUACAUGGGUACCAGAAGAUUGACCCUGAACUAGUACUACCCACAAUGCGUUCGGCCGUAGAAGAACAACUUAAUCUCAUAGCUGUGGGUCGAGCUGAUUUCCACGCGGUUCUCACGCAUACGGCCGAAAUAUUCCGACGCAAGUUCCAAUACUUCGUGCGGUCUAUAGAGGCGAUGGAUCAGCUGUUCGAAGUCAACUUUUCGUCGUUAAAAGCUAGUGGGAAAGCGCUGUCUAGAUGCGGGAAGUGCAGGCGUUAUAUGAGAUAUAUUCAGGCGAAGCCCGCCCGUCUCCACUGUUCCCACUGCGACGAUACCUACGGCCUCCCCCAGAAUGGCACGGUCCGCAUAUAUCGAGAACUGAAAUGCCCCCUAGAUGACUUCGAGCUGUUAUCCUGGUCGUCGGGGAAUAAGGGGAAGAGCUUCCCACUCUGCCCGUACUGUUAUAACCAUCCGCCUUUUAGGGACAUGAAGAAAGGCUUCGGCUGCAACUCUUGCACUCACCCCACGUGCCCUUACGGGGUGAACUCCACCGGGGUGUCCGGGUGUGUGGAGUGCGAGCACGGGGUGCUGGUGCUCGACCCCGCCGCGCCGCGCUGGAAGCUGGCCUGCAACCGGUGUGACGUCAUUAUCAAUAUAUUCGAAGACGCGACUCGCGUGUCUGUCUGCGAACAACAAUGUCCCGCGUGCGGCGCUCAACAAGUCACCGUGGAAUAUAAGGCGGAAAGGACUAAACUACCCGCGGCUUUGACGGAGAUGACCGCCUGUCUGUACUGCGAGCCCAGCUUCAGUGCCCUGGUGGAGAAGCACCGAGCAGUAGCUUCUCGAGCCCCGGCCUCCAGGGGCCGCGGGGGCCGCGCCCGGCCCAGCAAGCAUCGCAACAAACAGCCUAAGGACAAGAUGGCCCAACUCGCCGCCUAUUUCGUGUGAAUACGGACACAUAUAUUGUGUUCCCUCCUUCCUACGGUCUGGAGUCCUAAAGGACUCUCUUAAAAGAGAGGCGUGAAAAACUGCUGUAUCAGCUAUCUUCGCGUUUGGACUUUAUCACCACUUAACAUCAGGUGGGGAAGAGUCAUUCGCCUACCUGAAUAUAUAUGAGGCCAUGAGAACCAUAGUGGCCUAGCUUACUUAGGCCGGUAUGGCGCCUCAAAUUAAGAUCACAGACUAAAAACCGCAACAGUGAUUAUGCUGCCAUUUAGUGAAUAUUCGUUGUGACACUUUUA